AUGACUGCUCUUCGAGUUUUCCCAUUUAUUGGUGCAGCUGUUACAGUUGCUGCUGUCGUGUUAGCAAUCAUCGGAGUAUCAACUACCUAUUGGUUUUCAUCUGGUAUUAAACAUAAUGGUCUGUGGCAACAAUGCACUGGUGUUGAAUGUUUACGAACAGAUGGUGGACGAGCAGCUGGCAUGGCUAUUACAGCUUUAAUCGCUUUAGUAGUUGCAACAAUUUUAGCUGUUUUUACCGGUUUCACCCGAAAUAAGUCCGAUGCAAGCAAUAAUUUGGCCCGUCUCUGUGGUAUUGUUUCAGUCGUAUUACUCUUUUCAAGCGGUAUCCUCAUUGCCGGAUCACUCUAUGCCGCCAUUGGUGCUGCCAGUGCCACUGGAUACUCAUUUACUCUUAUGAGCAUUGCCCAAUUUUUGAGUUUCCUUGCUGCUUUGCUUGUUGCUCAUUGGAUGGGACAUUCAUUUACCGUCAUCAGCUAA